UUAGUUGUAUUAUCUUACAGUUCUUGAAGGCGGGUAACCGUAUGGUUGUAUGGGCGGGUGUUGUUUCGUGGCAGGACUGAAGAUGGGCGGACUUUAAAAUCAGCCAGGAAAAGACAGGAAAGCCGAUACUUCCCCGCAUCACAACAAAAAGAAAACGAUGGCUGCCAUUCGUAAGAAACUCGUAAUAGUGGGUGAUGGAGCCUGUGGAAAGACCUGUUUGCUUAUUGUUUUUAGUAAAGAUCAGUUUCCUGAAGUCUACGUGCCCACAGUGUUUGAGAACUAUGUUGCAGACAUUGAGGUUGAUGGAAAACAGGUAGAGCUUGCCUUAUGGGAUACUGCUGGACAGGAGGACUAUGAUCGGUUAAGACCCCUCUCCUACCCUGACACAGAUGUCAUUCUUAUGUGCUUUUCUGUCGACAGUCCUGAUAGCUUGGAGAAUAUUCCAGAAAAGUGGACACCAGAGGUGAAGCAUUUCUGUCCAAAUGUUCCCAUCAUCCUUGUUGGCAACAAAAAGGAUCUCCGAAACGAUGAUCACACACGAAGGGAACUUGCCAAAAUGAAACAGGAGCCCGUGAAGCCAGAGGAAGGGCGCGACAUGGCUAACCGAAUCAACGCCUUUGGUUAUUUAGAAUGCUCAGCCAAGACAAAAGAUGGCGUGAGAGAGGUCUUUGAAAUGGCCACCAGGGCUGCGCUGCAAGCCAGGAAACGGGGCAAAAAGAGUGGCUGUCUGCUGUUAUAGAAACCUGUAGAAGAGUGGAUGUCAGUUAACAGCCCAGGAGACUUCAGAGCAGGGAGGGAGGGAUGGAUGGGACGAGCCUAGCAUUCAUGUCCUAGUACAGUCAUCGUAUCAGACUGAUACUGGGACAUCAUGUCAGACAAACCAUGAGAGACCAAUGGAAAGACUCCGGAAACACUUUGGGAACAAGAUGAUGUCAUUUCCUGUCAUCACAAUGUUUGGGGUUAAACGUUUUCUGGUCAACAUCAAGCAAAAAAAUUUGACAUCGGAUUUCUAAAUGGACUCUAUAACUAAGAUAUUUGAUGUUAUCCCCCCCCCCCCCCACUUCUUAGCCCCAAACAAAAUCAAAAUGGUUGUCUAAUAAGCGUCCUGUCUUCAGCGACUGUUUUGUACAUUGGACAGAUUGUAUGUAUGUUUGUAUAUGUAAGAAUAUGAAUGUGUGUCAAAUGAGUGCAUGUCCGUCUCCAGGUUGCCAUGUCUUCAUUGUAUAUUCAUGUAUCUGCCCGGCUUUAUUCUGUUUGAAUAUUCUGUGCUCAACUAAAGCACACACUGAAUGCUGAAGUGGGCUGUAUUGUGUUUAACCUCCCACUUCAGGCUUUUUCCUUUUUAUAGCUGAUGUCUCAAAGGAUUCUGGGCUGUACAUUAGGGAUCUGAACCAUUUAGUCAUACUGAUUUAUUUAAAGCUUACAGUUUUUUUUUAAUCAUUUGCAUUUAGAAAUAAAAUUUAAAGAAAAUCAGA